AUGAUCAACCCAGCGUUUCGUGGGGAACAGCCGAGUCUUACUUUAGGAGGGAAGAGCACGCAAGCUGUUCUCUCGAACGUGACGGCCACGAUCAGCCACGAGGAGAGGUCAGUGACGGAAUUAUACAUGGCCAUGUACCGUCCAGGUUCGGCCAGUUCUGUACAGGGCAUACCACCGAAAGUGACUCGAGGAGCUGCGUUUCAGCAAGAGCAGCACCGGAAGUACUCGAAUAUAAUCAUGGCUUUUCUUUCGGGCGUCACGGCUGACAUACUGCGCAUGCGCCUUCAGCAGGUGGCUGCGUUAGACUGCAUGUCUGUACAGAACUUCUUGGAUGUCCACAAGCUCAACAUACUUAUGGCAUUGGCCGAACUUCAAAGCCUGAUUCUGAUCGCCUACCCGCCAAAACGCGCGGCUCCCGAUCUUUCCCGAUGGAGUACACGGCUUAUGUGUAUCGUCUUGCGCGCCUCAAACUGUCUCUCCGUCCGCGAGCAGGACGACGUGGUUUUCCUGGCCAAGACGUACCAGCAGUAUUUCAGACGCAGCAGCCAGAAGUGUGUUGGCCUGAUCGCGAAACGCGGUACACAGGCGAAACGCGAUUGGCUAAAAGUUUGCGCGGCAGUUCAACGACUUGCUGACAAAGCGGAUGAUGCAGAGCUCAUUAAGCAUGUCAGGAAUUUCAUUUGUAAAGUUGAAAUGGAAUCAAAAACUACGCAGACAAGGAAAGAGACGCAGAUGAGUCUGGAACAUUUGAUAUCAGGCAUGAUUGAAGACGACCACCCAAGAGACAGAAAGCCCAUCAGAGAUCACGUAUCAAACGAAGCGAAUGGAACAAAAAAGAAACAAAUUGUAGACUUGAACCCGAUCGAGGCAAUCAUCAGUUAG